AUGUCCGACCAGAAGAUCGCCAUCGUCUCCGUCUACGACAAGACGGGCCUGCUGGACCUGGCUAAAGGUCUUGCCCAGAACAAUGUCCGGAUCCUGGCCUCCGGCGGCACAGCUCGCAUGAUUCGCGAGUCUGGAUUCCCUGUUGAGGACGUCAGCGCCAUCACCAAGGCGCCGGAGAUGCUCGCCGGCCGUGUCAAGACGCUUCACCCUGCCGUCCACGCCGGUAUCCUCGCCCGCAACCUCGAGUCCGACGAGAAGGACCUGGCGGACCAGAACAUCAACAAGGUCGACUAUGUCAUCUGCAACCUGUACCCCUUCAAGGACACCGUCGCCAAGGUCAACGUCAGCAUCCCCGAGGCCGUCGAGGAGAUUGACAUUGGCGGCGUGACGCUCAUCCGCGCUGCCGCCAAGAACCACAAGAGGGUCACCAUCCUCAGCGACCCCAACGACUACGCCGGCUUCCUGGGCGAGCUGGAGAAGGGCGAGAUCAGCGAGACCAGCCGCAACCGCUACGCCCUCAAGGCCUUCGAGCACACCGCCAUCUCAGAGUUCUUCCGCAAGGAGUACGCCGGCGCCGGAGACCAGUACCUUGCCCUCCGCUACGGCGCCAACCCUCACCAGAAGCCUGCUGCCGCCUAUACCGCUCACCAGCAGCUCCCCUUCAAGGUCCUGUGCGGCUCUCCCGGCUACAUCAACCUCCUCGACUCCCUCAACGCCUGGCCCCUCGUCAAGGAGCUCAAGGAGGCCCUGGGUAAGCCCGCGGCCGCCAGCUUCAAGCACGUCUCUCCUGCGGGCGCCGCCAUCGGACUUCCCCUUACCGAGGAUGAGAAGAAGGUCUACUUUGUCAACGACAUUGAGGGCAUCGACAGCUCGCCCCUUGCCCAGGCCUACGCCCGUGCCCGUGGCGCCGACCGCAUGAGCAGCUUCGGCGACGUCAUCGCCCUCAGCGACAUCGUCGACGUCCCCACCGCCAGCAUCAUCUCCAAGGAGGUCUCGGACGGUGUCAUCGCCCCCGGCUACGAGGACGCCGCCCUGGAGAUCCUCAAGAAGAAGAAGGGAGGCAAGUACCUGGUCCUCCAGAUCGACCCGGACUACGUCCCCGGCCCCAUCGAGACCCGCACCGUCUACGGCGUCACCCUCCAGCAGCACCGCAACGACGCCGAGAUCUCGCCCAAGUCCUUCACCACCAUCAUCACCCCCAAGGACGCCGGCGCCCUGCCCGAGAACGCCUCCCGCGACCUGACCGUCGCCACCAUCACCCUCAAGUACACCCAGAGCAACUCCGUCUGCUACGCCGUCAACGGCCAGGUCAUCGGCCUCGGCGCCGGCCAGCAGUCGCGCAUUCACUGCACCCGCCUGGCCGGCGACAAGGCCGACAACUGGUGGAUGCGCUUCCACGAGCGCGUCCUCGGCAUCAAGUGGAAGAAGGGCACCAAGCGCCCCGACAAGAGCAACGCCAUCGACCUCCUCGUCAGCGGCCAGCUCCCCAAGGACGGCGCCGAGAAGGAGGCCUUUGAGGCCGUCUUCGAGGAGGUUCCUCCUGCGUUUACUCCCGAAGAGCGGGAGGCUUGGAUGAAGCAGCUCAAGGACGUUUGCGUCUCCAGCGACGCCUUCUUCCCCUUCAUCGACAACGUCUUCCGCGCCGCCCGCUCAGGCGUCAAGUACAUCGCCGCCCCCAGCGGCAGCCAAAACGACAGCGCAGUCUUUGAGACUGCCGAGAAGCUGGGCAUCACCUUUGUCCAGCAGAACACCCGUCUGUUCCACCACUGA